UCCUACAGGAGAGGGAGGCCUUCCUUUCUUCACAACACUUCCUGAUCGAUUGCUAGUUUUGGACGAACGCCUUCUAGGGAGAGGCAAGCCAUUGCAAUUUCUUCCAAGCUGAAUUCCUAUCCGUGCUACCAAAAUCCACCUCGCUGUGCUUUCAGUUCUCGCCGCGUUUAAUUUGAUCGUCGAUCUGGGUUGCGCAUUCCGAGGCCUCGCAAGAUGAACGACCUGUUCUCCACGAGUUCGUUCAAGAAGUAUGCCGACGCGCCGCAGACGGCGGGGGGCGACAUGGAGGCUGGCGGCGAGACCGUGGCGAACCUCGACAAGUUCUUCCAGGACGUGGAGGCCGUGAAGGAGGACAUCCAAGGCUUCGAGGCCCUGUACAAGCGUCUACAGGCCACCAACGAGGAGACCAAGACGGCGCACGAAGCCCGCGCCGUCAAGGCCCUCCGCUCCCGCAUGGACGGCGACGUCGAGAAGGUGCUCAAGCGCGCCAAGGCCGUCAAGACCAAGCUCGAGGCCCUCGACCGCGACAACGCCAACUCCCGCAAGGUGCCCGGCUGCGGCCCCGGGUCGUCCACCGACCGGACCCGCUCCUCUGUCGUCUCCGGCCUCGGCAAGAAGCUCAAGGAGACCAUGGAUGAAUUCCAGGGGCUGAGGACGAGGAUGGCAGCGGAGUACAAGGAGACUGUGGCGCGGCGGUACCACAUGGUGACCGGGGAGCACGCGGAGGACAGCACCAUCGAGUCGCUCAUCUCGUCUGGGGAGAGCGAGUCCUUCAUGCAGAAGGCCAUCCAGGACCAGGGCCGCGGCCAGGUGAUGGACACCAUCUCAGAGAUCCAGGAGCGGCACGACGCCGUCAAGGACAUCGAGCGCAGCCUCAUGGACCUGCACCAGGUCUUCCUCGACAUGGCCGCCCUCGUCGAGGCGCAGGGCGCGCAGAUCAACGAUAUCGAGAGCCACGUCGCGCACGCCAGCUCCUUCGUCCGCAGGGGCACUGUCGAGCUCGAGCAGGCGCACGAGAUCCAGAAGGACACCCGUAAGUGGAUGUGCUUCGCCGUCCUCGGCGGCAUCGCCCUCGUCGUCGUCCUCAUCACGCCCGUCCUUAUCAACCUACACAUCCUCACGCUCAGAUGAUUCAUUAAUUGAUUCCCCGACUCUCGUCGUCCACUCUGUAUCUUCUGUAUGAAAUUCCUUCUUCGCCUGUUCCACACUUGAUUUCAGCUGAGGAUGUCGUUUUCGUUUUCAUUUCCAGCCUCGGUUUCACUUUUCUUUUCUUGUUUUUGGUGGAGAUGUAGUCUACAAAAUCUGUACUACUACUUGACUGUGAAAACACAACACAGGGAGGAUGUAUAUUGUAGUGAUGCUAUAUACCAGUUUAACUCUUGAUCAAGUUUUUCCAAUCAAGAAUGUUGUAAAUUCUUUUUUGGAAGACCGAGUACUUGAAAUGGUGUC